AUCAUACUGUAUCCCUAAUGGAUGAAAAAGCAUAACAGAAAUGUAGCUGAACGACGGAAGCCACAUUUAAAGGCAAGAAUCCAGUCCAAGGCAGCCGAGGCAGGCGUCUCACGAGGGGGGUGAAACGAUGAACAGGGACAUCCCCAUCCACAGCUGGCCCGGGUCCUACUACGUGAACAGCGAGAAGCGGUGGGUGAGCGGCACCCUGUCACUGACGCGCACCACCGUGCGCUUCACGCCCGACCGCGGUGAGGGCAGCCUGGCCAGCUUCCGCCUCUCGCGCAUCGUGGAGAUCAAGAUGGAGUCGUCCAGCUUCAUCUUCAGCACGCUCACCGUGCUGGAGGAAGGCAACGUCAAGCACUGGUUCGGCUCGCUGCGGCCCAACCGGGUGGUGGUCUACAACGUGCUGGAGCACUUCUGGAGGGAGAGGCUCCUCUCCCCGACGGGCGCCCAGGCGGCCGAGGCCAAGCCGGGCAAAGGGAAGGAGCUCAUAGGCCUGGUGGCCGGGGCCCAGCGGAGGCUGGAAGAUACAGGGAAGGUUCUCAGCCACCAGGGGGAGCAGUUCGACAACAUCAUGCAGGGGCUGGACAAGAUCGAGUCUGACCUGGGCGUGGCAGACAAGCUGCUCUCUGAGCUGGAGUCUCCCGCCUGGUGGCCGUUUGGCAAGCUGCCCUGGAGGAGCCAGCAGGAGGCCAAGAGCGAGCACGCCCAGGCCUCGGCCUCCGGGCCCCGCGGCGCCGCCGCCGCCGGCCGGCAGGGCGUGAUCGCCAGCAUCCCGGCCAUCGUCUCCAAGGGCGGGGAGUCGGACCUGCGGCCGGGCUGCCUGACGGUGCUGAUGUCCGGGCUGGAGGUGCGCGAGGGUGGCGGCGGGCGGCUCCUGCACCGCUUCGAGAGGGAGGAGGUGGACGACGUGCGGGUGCACAGCCCCUACGAGCUGAGUGUGCGGCAGCGCUUCAUCGGCAGGCCCGACAUCGGCUACCGGCUGCUCUCCGCCAAGCUGCCUGAGCUGCUGCCGCUACUGGAGAUGCAGUACAAGAAGAAGAUGGAGUACACUGCCGACUACGCCGCCUUCCAGACCACCCCGGCCGCCUCGCCCUGUGACCCGGAGGGCGGCUCUGUGUGGAGUGCAGCAACGGGCUUUAUUCAGCGUUGCCAGGAGACGGAGGUGCCCAUGGAGGUGCCCGUAGGCGACCUGGCCCAGCUGCAGGUGCAGGUGCUGCAGCCGACGGUGACGGAGGCUGAAGCCCAGGAGCUGAAGCAGAUGCUGAUGCAGCUGAAGAACCUGGCCCUGGAGGCGGAGACGGAGCUGGAGCGGCAGGACGAGGCACUGGACGCCAUCGCCUCCUCCACCGACCGCGCCACCACGCACAUCGAGAAACACACCCGCCGCAUGAGGAAGCUGCUGUAGACCGCCCCC